AUGUCUACCCAAGAUGUUCAACCACUUACCGAACGAGAAGCCUUCCUCUUCAUGACAUAUGUCCACAAACUAGCACCUUUAUCCGACGCCUGCGAUGACGCUCGCCAUUUCACCCUCCAAGUCCCUCAUCUCGCUCUCCAGAACCCCAUGAUCCUCCAUGGUAUUCUCGCCCUAUCCAGCCGCUACGACUCCCCCACCACGCUAGAAAGCACAUACUACCACAACAAGCAUAUCAAUCUUCUCAUACGCGCUUUUGACCUACCCUGGGAUACAACCCUUCUAACGUCCGUGGUCCUAGCCCGUCUCUACGAAGAGAAUGACCCAUCCUCUGAUCCACACACUCACCUCUCCGGUACGCAAAACUUACUGAAUCAUGAGGUUAUUUCCAGGUUCGUCAUGGAAGGUGAACUGGCGGAGGCGGCAAGUUGGGUACACUUGAGACAGACGAUCUAUGUGUAUGUUGCAAGAAAGGUACCAGUAGAGAUUUGUCUAGAGAAUUUUGAGAGAUCGGGUGUCUUCCAACGGAGGGAUGACUCUGCUUGGGCGAAUCGGGCAGUGUUUCUGUUUGCAAGGAUUAUGAAGAUGUUCUUGGGAAAGAGGCAGUGGGAACAUGUUAAAGACGAGGUCGAGAAGUGGUUUGAGGAGAGGCCUGUGUCGUUUAAGCCGAUAUUCCACAAGAAGGGAGAUGUGUUGGAGGAUAGACCGUUUCCAGUGAUUUGCUUUGCGGCUUCUGUGCCUGUGGUUGGGAUGCAGCAUUACUUUGCUGCCAAGACAGUGCUCUGUCUUGACACUCUCAAUGAUUUGGAGGAUCAGAACGACCCAGCUACCCAUAACAUACAGGUCAGAUAG